AUGAUAGACUACGGCGAUUUAGAAGAAGAUACCCUUGGUAUGACAUUAACAUCAGGAACGUGUACUCUGAAAAAAGACACUCAAAAUUUAGUUGGAAUUAGUAUUGGUGGUGGAUCUCCACUUUGUCCUUGUUUAUAUAUAGUUCAAAUAUUUGAUAAUACAGCUGCAUCAAAAGAUGGUUCUUUAGCUGCAGGUGAUGAAAUUGUUUCAGUUAAUGGAAAAUCAGUAAAAGGACGAACAAAAGUUGAAGUAGCUAAACUAAUACAAGCAUCUAAAUCGGAAGUAACAGUACAUUAUAAUAAAUUACAUGCACAAUCAAAAGAAGGCAAAACAUUAGAUAUUGUUCUUAAAAAAAUGAAACAUCGUAUUGUUGAAACAAUGAGUUCAACAACAGCUGAUGCACUUGGUCUUAGUCGUGCUAUUCUAUGCAAUGAUGGUCUUAUUAAAAAAUUAGAUGAACUUGAACGUACAUCAGAAUUAUAUCGUGGUCUAAUUGAACAUACACGUUCUGUACUUAAAGCUAUAUUUGAAUUAGCUCAUACACAUCGUAAUUUUGGUGAUGCAUUUGCUAAUAUUGGUGCACGUGAACCUCAAUUUAAAGCAUCAGAAGCUUUUACAAAAUUUGGUGAAGCUCAUCGACAAAUUGAUCGACAUGCUAUUACAUUACUUCGAACUGUUAAACCAAUGAUUGCCGAUUUAAAUACAUAUUUAACAAAAGCUAUUCCUGAUACAAAAUUAACUAUUGAAAAAUAUGCUGAUGCUAAAUUUGAAUAUUUGUCUUAUUGUUUGAAAGUAAAAGAAAUGGAUGAUGAAGAAUGUAGUUAUGCAGCACUUCAAGAACCACUUUAUCGUGUUGAAACAGGCAAUUAUGAAUAUCGAUUAAUUCUUCGAUGUCGUCAAUUAGCUCGUGAACGUUUUGCUAAAAUGCGUGCAGAUGUACUUGUUAAAUUAGAAUUACUUGAUCAAAAACAUGUACAAGAUAUAGUUUUUCAAUUACAUCGUUUUAUUACUGCUUUGGAUAAAUAUCAUAAAGAUUGUAAUGAUGUAAUGAAAGAAGCUGAUAUAUUUCCUAUUGAAGUUGAUCUUACAUUACCAACACUUCGUGGAUUAGGAAGUAAUGAUGCUGAUGAUAUGGAUAAUGAAAAUGAUGAAGAAAAUGGUAAUGAUCUAUUCAAUGAUGAUCAACAAGAGAGUGUUUCUAAUCAACAAAAAACAGUAGAAGAUGUUGAUCUAUUAAAUAUUGGUCAAUAA